AUGAAGCUUUCGACAAAUCUACUUUUCGCUCAGGCUCUCUGGGGCACAGCUUCCCAAGCACAGCAGAUCCCUCCAGCAGUUCCUUUCUCAACAGACUUUAACUCUUCCUUUGCCUUGACUCCUGCUCAGAUCAAAGCUGCUGGGCUGUCUGAAACGAUCGCAUCCAGCAUCAAUGCCAUCGUCAACUUUGAUCGAUCCAACCUCGCAAACGGCGGGCCCAGGCAGGAUAACUUUUACACUCUCCCCCCAAAGAAACCCAACCUCCGUCCUGGUCAGGUCCUCAAGGUCCAGGAAGUGACGGACCCCACACCUUUCAACAUCGCCUCCGGAUCCUCUCUUAGCAGGAUUUUGUACACGACCCGCGACAUCAACGGCACCAUCAUUCCUGCGAGUGCUUACAUCCUGUGGCCCUUCAUCCCACGCCAAUUCGAUGGUGAACCAAAAGGCAAGGCCCCUGCUGUACUCUGGGCCCACGGCACAUCGGGAUUCUUUGCCGACGCAGGACCAUCCGCAUUUCGCACUCUGCAAUACGACGACAAGAUGCCCAAUCAUCUAGUCCAGGCUGGGUACGCUGUUGUUGCGCCAGACUAUGCUGGACUAGGACUGGAAAAGUCUUGGGACGGAAGCACAAUUCCUCACCAGUACUUUGCCAUGCCCGCAGCUGGUCAAGACACUCUGUAUGCCAUGGAGGCCGCACUUGAGGCAUUUGGAAAGCGACUGAGCGGCAAGUUCGCUGUCGCUGGACAUAGUCAAGGUGGCGGUGUAGCAUGGAGUGCGGCUGAACUGCUUGCUUCUGGCAAGAAAAACACCUUCAAGCAUCUCAUCAAGCGAUAUGUCGGAACCAUCUCGUUUGCUCCCAUCACUGAAACGUUGCCAAGCCCGAAUUUCGCUAGCACUGUCGGUAUGCGCGUGUCAAGCAUCUUUCCGGAUUUUACUCUCGAUCAAUGGCUUCAGCCACUGGCCAUUGCUAGGAUUAAGCUGUUUGCUCAAAUCCAGGGAGGAGCCUCUGUGUUUCAGCAACUCUUCCUCACCGAGCCGGGAGAUGCUCUUGCCAAGCCAGGAUGGUAUAACUCGUCGUACCAUGCUCAGGCGUUUGAGAAGAUUGGCAACGUUGGGAAGAAGCCGUUUGCAGGGCCCAUGCUGGUGGUGCAGGGUCCCGAGGACGUUUUCGCUGCAGAGGCAAUCACGAAUAAGACUGUGACCGAAACGUGCAAGCUGUACCCAGACAAUGCUCUUGAGUAUAUGGUUGUGGAUGAGCUUGGCCAUACUCCGAUUAUUACGGCGGCUAGGCUGUUGUGGAUGAACUGGCUUGAAGAGAGGUUCACGGGAAAGAAGGUGGUCGGAUGUAAGAGGACUUCGGUUGAAGGAUGGCUUGGCAAAGGAAAGCACUUCACGGGCAGCAACUCUUACUCUCAAUGGGCUGGAGCGCCGGAGUAUAGGUAUCAGAAUGCUGGUUCUAUAUGA